CUGCACUAUGGGACCCUCAUGGGCAGCAAAGCCUGUGUCAGAAUGGCAGCAGGUGCCUGGGCCAGUGGUUUUCUCCAUGCUCUCCUGCACACUGGGAACACAUUUUCUAUACCACUCUGCCAAGGCAACACAGUGGACCAGUUCUUCUGUGAGAUUCCUCGGCUUCUCAAGCUCUCCUGCUCAGACUCCUACCUCAGGGAAGCUGGGGUUAUUGUGGGUACUGCCUGUUUAACGUUUGGGUGUUUCAUUUUCAUUGUGCUGUCCUACGUGCAGAUCUUCACAGUCGUGCUGAGGAUCCCCUCUGAGCAGGGCCGGCACAAAGCCUUUUCCAUGUGUCUCCCGCACCUGGCCGUGGUCUCCCUGUUUAUCAGCACUGGCACAUUUGCCUACCUGAAGCCCCCCUCCCUCUCCUCCCCAUCUCUGGAUCUGGUGGUGGCUGUUCUGUACUCGGUGGUGCCUCCAACUCUGAACCCCCUCAUCUACAGCAUGAGGAACAAGGAGCUCAAGGAUGGACUGAGGAAAGUGUUUUCAUGGACAUUUUUCAGCAGUGGUAACAUUGCCAUUGCUCUCCAGAAAUGA